UACUAAUUAGUUUCUUGUUUGACAGAUAAAUACAUGUACUACGAAUUGAUUAAAUAUUUAUCAAUAUGAUUUAUAAAUUAUUUAUAAAAUGUAGAUAUGUUUUGUAAAGAAUCGAUCAGUGAACAUUCACUGAAAUAACCAUGUUUUAUAAUAUUGUGUCAAAGUAAAUAAGAUAAUCAACUCUAAACUCUUCUUUAUUGGAGGUAAAACAAUGAUGUCUAUUAUUGUCCUCAAUGUUUGUUUUGUGCUUCCAGUUUUAUCAUCAAAAUGGAAGUUUAACCAUUCAAAGUGAAUAACUGUGCUAGUUCUGAUAAUUCAGUUAUUGUAGUCCAAGAGAUUUUUCAAUCUAUUGCCAAAUACAUAUUUCUGCUGUUGAUUUGUAUCAUCCAUCGCCUAUCUGAUUAUUGAGGGAAUUUUCUUGACGUAAAUUAUUACCAUUAAUCUUUUUAUCAAUUAAGAAGGCAGUUCCUUCUUGAUAUUACUGGUAAACUGGUGAAAAGGUUUACUUUCUACAGCUUUCAUGGUUUUAGUUUCGACUUUCCCUCGAGCAUUGUUGCAAAUUUCAAAAAAAUUCAAGCCUAUUCCAAGUCAACGAUAUUUCAGCACCGCAAUGUCAGCAUUUCUUUGUGAUCAUCUUAAACAAAUCCAUUCUACAGCUUUAAAAUCAGUCAAUGGUGAUACUUUAAUUAAGGAAAUCAUUUCCUUCAAUAAAGGUUCAAUGAUAAUUACUCGUGAGAGUGAAAUCAAGCAAUUUGAUUUAAACGGUAAAGAUGUCUACUUAAUUGGAUCAGGUAAAGGUGUCCUUGGUUUGUGUCUUGGUUUCCUGAAAGCAUUGGAAAGACAAAAUGCAAGUCGAAAUGACCGAAUAACUAUAACAAAAGGAAUUAUAAGCAUGCCGGUUGGAAUAAAAUGCCAUCAUUUUGACCUUUUGGAGAGACACAACAUUACUGCUUUUUUUGGAGCUAAAAAUAAUUUACCAGAUGAAGAUUCAGUGGUAGCUACUAAUGCAAUUCUUGACCUUAUUGACAGCGUAAUCAAAGGUGAAACAUCCAGUAGGCCUAAAGUUUUCAUCUCUCUCAUCACUGGUGGAGCAUCAGCUUUAUUGGUUGCACCGCGAGAACCAUUAACUUUGACCAAAAAACGUGAACUGACUCAAACCUUGAUGGCCGCUGGUUGUACAAUCAAUGAGCUCAAUAGUGUCCGUAGCUGUUGGUCCAAAGUCAAAGCCGGUCAACUUGCAUUAAGAGUCUUGUCAGAAUCCAAUAACGUUGAGAUGGUCAAUUUAAUUGCUAGCGAUGUUAUUGGUGACCCAAUGGAUAUCAUUGGAAGUGGUCCAACAGUUUUACCUCCUGAUGAUUCAUUGAAUCCAUUGGAAAUCAUUGAUAUGUAUAAAAUAUCAAUUGACGAGGAUAUCAGAAAUUUGUGCCAACUAGUCAAGCCAAGUUCAAAUAUAGACGAUAGGUUACACAAUUUAAUCAUUGUUAACAAUCGAAUAGCGUUAAAUUCCAUUACAAAUUUGAUGACUCAAUUGGAUUAUAAAAUAAUCGAUUUGGGAAAUCAAAUUUCUGGCGAAGCGUCUACACUGGGCUCUCGGUUUGCUCAAAUUGCACGCACAUCUGAGAAGGGUGAAGGAAAAAUUUGCUGGAUUGGAGGCGGUGAAACUGUUGUAACAUUAACCACCACUCAUGGUAAAGGAGGACGGUGUCAAGAAAUGGCCUUACAAUUUUUAAUUGACACUUUCCAUGAUCAGUUGACCAAUUUUGCUUUCCUUGCUGGCGGUACUGACGGUCAGGAUGGACCAACACCGAUUUCUGGAAUUAUUUAUCAAUAUUCUGAUCGCAUUACGUCUGAGAUUUAUGAUGCAGCUAAAGUUCACCUUUCCAAUCACGACGCUUAUACUUUUUGGUCUGAAAACUUACCUGAAUGUAUGAUAGACACUGGUGGACCAACUGGAGUCAAUGUUAUGGAUAUUUACUGUCUUUUACAAUGUUAAUCAGCAAAUUGUGAUGCUAAAUUAAGAGAUUAAGUGUAUUUUAUCGUUGACUGAGUUUUCAAGGAAUUCUGCUUUAUAAAUGUCAAAAUUAUGUUAUUCAAUGUUUACUUUGAUUGCUUUGUCAUCUUUAAUCAAUGCAUUUAUUUAUGAGCAAUUUAAUUGUGUAACAACAGCCUUCAACACUCAAUCAAAGUUGAAAUAAAACUAAAUUUUCGUCUAA